CUAAAAAUAAACAAUAUAGAUCGUAGUAUGAAUAGCAGUAGGUAAAACGUAAACAAAACAAUCAGCUUGUUAAAAUGGAAGACGACGAAAAAUCUACGAAUACUUCAGACGAAGAAGGUGAAAACGGUGAUGCUAUCUCUUCCAACAAAGUAGGAUCAAUGUCAUUAACGAAGGAUAAAACAUGUGCCAACUCUAAACCAUGCAUAGAAAAUAUUCAAAUUACUGGAAGUUUAAGAAAUUAUAUGGUAUCUACUGAGACAUUACAUUUAGAUACUGAGAAGUCACCAAUUAAUAUAUCAAGAGUGAACAGCAUGGAAAUGUUUAUGUCCUCACCGACGAGCAAUGAUGGUGUAUCUAUUGGAAAAGCUGAUUGUGUACAAAUAAACCUUAACCCUGAAGCAGGAAGAGGCGACAGAAAUGACUGGUCAUCAAAUAUUUAUCAAGCAAUUAAUAAACCGAUGCAUGAGAUGUUUGUUAAAACACAACAUUAUAAUGAGGCGAGAGAAAAGUUAAAGACGAAUAGAAUAGUAGUUAUUUCUGGAUCCAUAGGAACAGGAAAAACAUUUCUAGCACGAAAACUUAUCUCUGAAAAAAUAGAAGAAGGAUAUCAAUUAAAGUCUGUCGAAUCACUCUUCAAAUGGCGUACUUACGGGAAACAGAUUGUCUUACUAGAUGAUGUAUUUUCAAAACCAUGUAAUUUCAGUAGGAAGUCUUUAGAACUGAAAUCCUUAUUGAAAACGAUACAAUUAUACCUUGAACCAGAUGACGAGACAGGUAAAACGGUUCUCCUCAUCAUUACAAUUCGGCCUGAUGUUCUUGCAGUGUUGAAAGAAGACAAAAGUCUAGAUAUAUUGCAAAAAGUGGAAUAUCAAGUAGAUUUGAUGCAACCAAUUCCAUUUAAAGAAAAAUUAGAAAUUCUUAGGACACAUGAGAAAAAAUAUUCCAAAUCUGAAAGGAUCGAUGAGGACUGUGCAAUUGAUAUUUGCAAUGUUAAAUGUCCUUGUUUUCCUAUUUGCGUAAAAUUGUUCUUCCAACAAGAUGACUUGUUUCAAAAUGGAAUCCGCUUUUUCGAAAAUCCGGUGCGAAUUAUACAAUCAGAGAUUAGCCAAAUGUAUAAAGAUGAUCGGGAAGUGUUUGCCUUUCUGAUCAUGUUAAUAUUGAAUGAAGGAGAAAUAAACGAAUCGUGUCUCGGAACUGAUGCUUGUAUUGCACAUAUAGAUCCAUUGUUAGGGCUUUUGCGAUGCAGAAAAACUGAACUUGUCCAGAUAAUGAACGAAUGUUUAGACAGAAUUCCAGAUCUAUAUGUCACCAGGGAGAAUAAUAAAAUCAAAAUUCAACACGAUUGCAUAUUUCAAGCAAUAUGUGUAUCAUUUUCCAAAAUAUUACCAAUGCCUUGAUUGAAAUAUUUGCCAUUUGAAUUCAUCACUGAACGGAUACGAGUCGAGACAGACCAACCUGAAGAAGAACAUAUAAUAAUUCCUUCUUGGUUUUAUGCUUCCCUAGCUGACAGAUUUUUGGACGAAAUUGAGCUUGGGUGUAUUCGACAUGUUUGUGGACAUCAGGCUAUGUUUUCUCCUAUUUUCCUCGCAAUAUUUUCUGAUUGUCUUCAAAAGCUUAAGGAAACAGACAAAAAGAAAUAUUUCCGAAUUUUACAAUCAACAGAACAAGAAAAGGACCAUGGAUGUCUAUGGAAUGGUUGCCUACUCUACUGGGCUGCUGCAAUAGGUAAUAAGCAGUUGUGUUCAAAAUUGCUUCUUAAAUAUUUCUAUCAAACAGUGAAAGAAGUGGAUUCAUUAUUUGUGAAAGUACAAGCAUCAGCUACUUUUGUGCUUGCAUCAUUUUUUAGGUACAAACAAAUACUGUUGCAACGUUUGAACGACUUAGGCGGCGAUAUAAAUAGUUCGGUACAUGUCGAAAGAAAAAUGCAGACUUACGGCUGUGAUUACUGUAUAACACAAGAUACACACGGUAUGACUGUUCUUCAAGCCUCAAUAUUUGGCGAGCUUGCAGUAAAUAAGGACACUUUUCGAUUCCUUCUUGAUAACAAGGCUCAUUUUCGGGAAGAUAUCACUGCGUAUAGAACUCUAAGCAAAGCAGUUCAAAUGGAAGACGAGACACUAGUUAGACUCCUCAUCAACUACUAGGCCGAUGUCAACUCGAUAGAUUUGAAUGGCAACACUGCACUUUUUUAUGCUGUAAGAACAGAUAAUCUAACCAUUGCGCAAAUACUUCUAGAUGUCAAAUAUAAGAACAGUAAUUCAUACAAUUUAAUGAAUGAUGUUAAAAGCGUUCAAAUGGCUUGCUUGCUUUUGGAAAGCCAUGAUAUAAGCACUCCUGACAAAGCUGGGAAGAUUCCACUGCAUUAUGCAUUUAAUGAAGAAUUAGUCAAUUUCCUUAUUAGAAAAGGGUCACCAGUUGACAAAAAAGACAGCGCUGGGAGGUCACCUCUAUUUUAUUCAAAAACAGGAGCCAUAGCGCUUGCAUUAAUUUCGCAUAAUGCAGACGUAACAUUAGUUGACUCAGAAGGCAAAAAUGUUGCCCAUUUUUUACAAGAUACAUGUGUUCUUUCCACCAUUAUGAAUACAAUGAAUGAUAUAGUAAAACAUAAGUUUUUGAAUAGUACAGAUAAAGACGGACGUACACCAAUAUUUUAUUGUUCAAAUGAAAAUAAUCAAAAUAAAUUGGAAUUUCUUCUAAGACAUGGAGCAUUAGUAAACAAAAAAUCUGAGAAGUAUAAUCUACGUAAAUCUUUAGGAAAUGAUUUUUGUAUCAAUACAAUCGAAGAUCAAUGCUUCGGAGAACUUAUCUACACGGAAUCGUUUCCAUGUCAUGGUUCGACUGGAGAAAACAUUCGGGUAUUAUCAAAGUCAAGUGUCCGUCAAAUAUAUACUCAGAACUGGAUAGCUUUUUCUACAAAGAUACUCUUUAUACCUCGUCAUUCUUUUGCAGUCGUACCAGAAAGUACUUUAGAAGAGUCUGAUGUGUGUGCUCAGAUUUCGGAUGAUCGACACAGUGAACUGACGGUUUGCUCCUCAAAUGCUGAAACAGAAGAUAAGCAAGAACAUCAAACAGAAAAAUCAAAGGAGACAGGUAUUCAAACCAAAGAAAGCUGCACAGUAGCAAUGAAUCUAAUAGCAUCUGGUAAAUUCGAUAUCAAAGUUCUCAGAACUCUCAAUUCGUAUGAAGUGGACUGGAUGGAACUUAAUGACGUCGGUGAUAAUGUUCUUCACCACCUUCUUUUACCUCAAAAUGAAGGAAACCCAACAAGUGUUGUAUUGCUGAUAGAGGAAAUUAUUUCUAAGGUAAGCAAAAUGCACUUAAAGAACUUUAUAAACAGCAAGGAUGACAACAACAACACACCUCUACAUCUAGCCUGCUUCUGUCGACUUACGAACAAGUUGGGAAUGAAAGAUAGAAUAGGGGUGAUUCAAUUACUUUUACGUUUAGAUGCCAAUGUAAAUGAUGUCAAUUCAUGGAAUCAGACACCUUUGAAUUGUUUACUCAAUUGUAGAUGUAGGUCGUAUGAAUUGGCAGCGAUACUUAUAAAGGGAAUGUCAAAAACAAGUAUAAACAUUCCAUGCAAAGGUGGUUGGUCGCCAUUACAAACAUUAUUAUCCAUUCAAGAUUGUGAAGAAUAUUUUUUGGAAGAUGCCAAACGAAUAGUAGGGUUAAUACUCGAAGCAGGGACAAAUUUAGAAGAAACGCUAUUAAAUACAAAAUGUUUAACGAAGUAUAUAAAUCCUUUUUUGUUCGAAUUUCUUCUUCAGAAAUAUACAUGUCGCAUUUCUGACGAAAUAAUAGAGAGGAUUGUUACUAUUUUAGAACAAGCUGAAACUUUACCAAACACAUGGGCAAUUUUGGCUAUAAUUUCAAAAUUUAAGGGUCUAAACGUUGAUAAAUUUAUCAGUAAAUCAGCUACAAUGCAAGAUGAUUACGACUUUAUAAAGCAUACGAUAUUGAAGCAAUGCUCGCAAGAUCUAAGCAACACACUAGUCUACAAAGUUGUACAAUGGCUGUUUCAAAGUGAUAAGGAUCUUGAUUAUCUAGAUGGAAAUGGGAACACAUACUUACUUAAUGUAGUAAGAUAUUACUUGAAUGAUUUUAAAGGACUGUUAGAAAUUAUGAUUUUUUUACUGCAGAAAGGUGCAAAUCCAAAUAUAAGAAACAGAAAAAACGAAACUGUUGUUUACCAUCUCAUUUUAUCAGAUGGGUUUGACGAAAACGUCUUACAAGGACUAGAAUUGCUUUCAAAAUAUGGAACCAAUUUAGAUUACGGUGAACCUUUCAUAUGGGCAGCGAAAUCACACAGACUACGAACAAAAGUAAUUAAAUUUCUUCCUGAAAGUGUAAGUCCUGAUGACGAGGACGAAAUAGGUAACGCAUUUCACCAUUUAGUAAAGUCAUACUCACACGGGAUAGAUGUAGGUUUAACCUCAAUCGAAGAAUUUUAUUUCAAAGGCGUAGAAAUUAAUAGCAAGAAUAAAAACGGCGAAACACCACUGCAUCUGGCUGUUCGCUUGAAUGUCCGUAAAGAUAUUAUCUUACAGCUGCUAAGUCAUAACGCUAAUGUCAACAGAAAAAAUAAGGAAGGGCAAACUCCGAUGCAUUACAUAUUGCUAUAUUUAGAUGUCAAUGAAAUAUUUCUAUUUAACGAAUUUUUACGAUAUGGUGGUGAUUUGUCAUUAAAAGAUACCUUCGACCGAAAUUAUUUACACUAUGCAGUUUUAGCAAUGAGACCAGACACACUGAAAAUUUUAUCUAUCAUUCUACAGAGAAACAUUUGCGACAUCAAUGCAAAAAAUCGGUUUGGAAAAAGCAUCUUGCACACAGUUUGCAAAAUAAACUGCCGAUAUCACUUUAUAAGUGAUAUUGCAACGAGCAGUUAUCAUAUUGAAGUUUCGGAUAACGAGUGGUGUGCCGGAUUAAGAAUCCAUGCUUUACGACUUUUAAUCAAUUUUGAUGCCAACAUUGACAUUACUAAUUCAAAAAGACGUAGCGUAAUGCACAUUCUAGUAAUUCAGUACGAUUAUUUUAUGAAACAAAAGAAAAGGGAUAGUCUAAAACACGUGCAUAGUAUAAUAGGAAUGGUCAAACUCCUUAUAUCUGGAAGGAUAAAUCUUCAAAUCAAGGACAUAAACGGAAAAACUGUAAUUGACUAUUUAAAAGAUUAUUGCCUCACAAAUCUGAGAAACUUUAUUGAAGGUCACAUUUCAUCCCAUCAGCUGAAAGAGAUUGUGAUAUCAGAAGUAUUGUCUCGUUGACAUCAUAAGUAUUGUCUCGACGACAUCAGAAGUAUUGUCUCGGUGACAUCAGAAGUAUUGUUUCGGUGACAUUAGAAGAAUGGUAUCGGGGACAUCAGAAGUAUUGUCUUUUUGUUUAAAUGAUCUCGUGACAAGAUGCAUAUUACUUUCAUACAAAUUGAUAUAAAACGCAUUAAACGAACAUACACACACACAGUAUACAUAGAAUAAGAAAAUUCUCUUCAUUGUGAUUAUAUCUAUAUAAAGACUUGACCGAAAUGUGGUAUAUUAACUUGUAUCUAAUAUACAUUACCUGCAUCGAGCACAUGGAAAUAUGUAUACAAUUUAUUUUGAAUACUGGCAAUUUGUGUUUUGCAAAUGUUUUUUUCUUCUUGUGUAUGUAGAACACAACUAGCAAUUGGUCUUUUCUAGUUACAGUUCAAUUACAAACAUUUAAAAAUCUAAGCCAUGCCUUAAACGUUUUGAAACAUUUAAAGUACAGCAAUUUCUCCGGUUUCCUUGUAGUACAUGAUUAGGGUUCAAACAUAAUCAAUUUUGCUGCUGUAUCCAUAACAUCUCAUUGGCUUUUAAGAAUAUCAAACCAGAAUUAUUUCAUCAAAAUGAAAACACGUGGGAAGACCAAAUUACAUUGUAAUUCGAAAUGAAAACGUAGUACCGAUGGUUAAUGUUUUUGUCUAAAGGAGUUUUAGCCUCAUUUUAGUGCAAUUACUUUACUUAUUGGAAACUUACAGACAAACUGUAUGAUUUAAAUCAUGUCAAUACUGUAGCAAAAACUACUUGGGAGAUGGUCAAUUCGAGGAUUGAACCCAGUGUGAGUAAAACGUAUAUUUUAUUUAUGUACGUGCUUAUGACAAAUUAGUUUGGACAAACCCUCUUCAUUAAUCUACUCAAAGUCUUCAAAGCCAAAAUAAUAUAAUGUUUGAGAUAUCGAAACCAAAAGAACCAAAUGAGAACAUCCAGAAAUAAAGGCAACAGUAGUAUACCGCUGUUCGAAAUUCAUAAAUCGAUUGAGAAAAAAAAACAAAUCCGGGUUACAAACUAAAACUGAGGGAAACACAUCAAAUAUAAGAGGAGAACUACGAGACAGAAACACAACAUUAAAAUGUAACACACACAGAAACGAACUAUAAUAUAACAAUGGCCAUUUUCCUGACUUGGUGCAGGACAUUUUAAGAAAAAAAAUGAUGGGUUGAACCUGGUUUUGUGGCUAGCCAAACCUCCCGCUUUUAUGGCAAUGUUAAAUAUAACAUUAAAAUGACAACAUUACAUGACAGGACUACAAUACAAAUAAAUGGGAGAACAUAUAGGACAGAGAAACAUACGAAUAAUAGCUAACAAAAGGUACCAGGUUUAAAAUUUAAGACGCGCGUUUCGUCUGCACAAGACUAACCAGUGACGCACAGAUCAAAAAAGUUCGAAAGCCAAAACAAGUACAAAGUUGAAGAGCAUUGAGGACCAAAAGUUCCAAAAAGCGUAAUAUGUCAGUAUAAAGACUUGGCUACUUUGUAUUAUUUUGUACACGCGGGGACUAGUAGAGAGUUUGAUUUAAACGUACACAGUAGGAACCGUUAGUAUAACGGUUGUUUGACUAAUAAACUAUUUAUUUUCAUUCCAUGGUGAACCCUUAUCAACCAUUUCAUCGGAUCACAUAGACCACUAAUCAAUUAGGUUAUUAGUUACCAUCACCAAUCAACUAGUCUAGUUUGCAAUUUCCCUAUAUAUUUAAAAUAAAAACUAAAUCAUU